UUGACUGUAUGACUUUCCCCGAAGUACUCUGGCGAAGUCCUUCCUUUGCAUGCCCUCUUCUGGUCAUGGACGCAUUUCUUCGUGGUGGUGUAGCUGCUGCUAAACCCAAGCCGGUAGAACCAGCGGGAAAAGUAGAACGGCAUGUCCCAUGGGUGGAGAAAUAUCGCCCACGAGCUGUAGAUGACGUGGCGUAUCAAGACGAAGCUGUUACUGUCCUGAGGAAAUGCCUCACGGGAGGAGAUUUGCCAAACCUGCUUUUCUAUGGACCACCUGGAACUGGAAAAACCUCUACCAUUCUCGCUCUGGCUCGACAGCUAUUUGGGAAUGACAUCUACAGAGACAGAGUGCUGGAGUUGAAUGCCUCAGAUGACAGAGGUAUCCAGGUGGUUCGAGACAAAGUCAAGCAGUUUGCCCAGCGGACAGCCAGCGCUACGCGACCUGACGGCAAGCCAUGCCCACCGUACAAGAUCUGCAUUCUCGACGAGGCCGACAGCAUGACACAUGCUGCGCAGGCUGCGUUGCGGCGGACAAUGGAAAAGGAAUCCAAGUCGACUCGCUUCUGCUUAAUAUGUAACUACGUCAGUCGGAUUAUUGAGCCGCUGACGUCCCGUUGUACGAAAUUUCGCUUUAAGCCCCUGACUGUGGGAAUCCUGCAGACAAGGCUAAAGGACAUCAGCAUAAAGGAAUCUGUGGAUAUCGGUGAUGAGGGUCUGGAUGCUCUCGUCUCGGUUUCUGGUGGAGAUUUACGAAAGGCGAUCACAUACCUGCAGAGUAUUCACCGACUAAAGGGCAUGGAACAUAUCACAGAACAGGAUAUCUCUGAAGUAGCGUCAGUGGUUCCUGUGUCGGUGAUGGAAGGUCUGUGGAGGGCGUGUCGUUCUGAUUCUUACGACAACAUUCAGGCAACAGUGAAGACGAUGCUUGCAGAUGCCUAUCCAGCAUCGCAGAUCUUAAUGCAAGUUCACGAGGGAUUGAUCGAGUCCAACGAGCUGAACGAUCGUCAGAAAUCUGCUGUUGCAGAGCAAUUAGCGCUCACGGACAAGCGACUUGCCGACGGCGCAGACGAAUACUUGCAGCUGAUGGACCUGUCCUGUGUCAUCAUGAAUCAGAUUUGCCGGCAAUCCACCGGUGCAGCUUAGACUCUCAACCGUGUGUAACCACAAUCGCUUGCGACCAUUUUUAGACCAGAACUCGGCACCUCAACUCAAUUCCAUUCUCCCUGUACAAAGACAGAGUUUUUUUUUUAAAUUAAUCAGUGCCCGUGUGUUUAUUUCAUAUUAAUCUGUGAAUUCAAUGAUAUCAGACUUGCUGAACCAAGAAAUGAAAUACCUGAA